AUGAACGCUUCGACGAGUCCCGUCCCUGGCAACGCCGGCACCGCGUGGACCGCGAGGACCACGACGACGAAUCUACGAUCUCGCGGCGGCUGCGGUGAGUGCCGCCGCGUCCAUCGGAAAUGCGACGAGCGGCGCCCUUCGUGCGGCAGAUGCGUGGCCACGAGGAAAGCGUGCUCAUACCACAAGCCACUCUCCUGGGGAGGGCGCCCGUUUGCCAAAUCCUCCUUUGGAGUCUUGGCGGCCAACGAGGCCGUCUCAGCCACUCCAGCCGAGUGGGAAGACUCAUCUGUCCCCGAGUCCCGCCGCUCUUUUGUGUACAGCGCAACCGCGUUUUCCACUGGUGCAGAGCACGCCGCCGAUGCGGGAGUCUCCAAUCGAUCCAGCACUGCUGGUACUGCCUCCGGAUCCUCGCCUGUCAGCCUUGCCGCCAUUGUGCAGCCCGAUGUGCUGUGCCAGCUGUCCGAGGGCGACCGCUCCCUCAUCCACCACUUUGCCUACCAUCUCACCCCGUGCUUUUCUCUCAGCCCAACUCAACACGACAAGUUUUGCCGAACCUUUUUGCCUCUGGCCUUGGAUCGGACAUAUGGGGGCGCCGUCCUCAGCGCCAUCGUCCUGUGCACGACGAUCCACCGCGCGUCCCCCGGGAGCGACGCGGCGCAGCGUGCGCAACUGUACUUGAAGUGCAUACGUGAACUGCAGCAGGUGCUCCGGCAUCCGGCGCCCAUCAGGGGGGACGUGGCCGCCGCCGCGUGCCUAGUCCUGUGUCUCGCGGAUAUCCUGGCUGGGGGUCAAGAUUUUGGGGCGUGGAAGCUACACCUCAACGGCGCGGCCGCUUCCCUCGACGCUGUCCAGUCAGAUGCCGUCGCCACCCAGCGGUCGCUGUCGGAAACGACCUCGUUCCUUUGGCGAUGGUGUCGAUCGCUCCGAACAGUGGGGUUUUCCACUGCGAACCCUGACCAGUCGAAUUUCGUCAUGGACACUGGCUCGAAUGGAGAGCCAAGCAAGCCAUUCCACUACAUUGACGUGUUCGACGGGUUUUCUACAGACUUGGUUCCAAUCUUCAGGGACAUCAACGACAUGGCAGUGGAGAUGCGGGCCAUACGAACCCUUGAAUUACAGAGUUCCGGUUCCGCUGACUCACACUGCAUUUGGGAUCUGCGCUGCAUGCUGCUUCGUCGCGGUCAGCGCCUCGUCUCGCAACUUGAGAACAUGGCCAAGGCUCCAGUCAACAAAUUGGACCCUUCCCUCCCACAGUCAGUCAGAGAUGAGCACGGUGCGGAGUUCCGUCUAUUAAACAAGGCUUGCCACCACACGGCGCUUCUUGAAAUCUACCAGCGCGUUCUCAACAAGUCGCCGUCGGACCCUGAAGUCCAAAACCAGGUGGAAGCUGGUAUCAAGUGCCUGAAGUCGUUAAACUUGACCAAAGGCUCCACCCCGGGCGUUGCCUCGUUGCAUCCCGUCUUUAUCAUUGGCUGCUCGGCCACCACCGCUUCUGAUAGGAUGUUCAUCAUGGAUUGGUUGGGGAACAUGCGGCAGCUGUACCGCAUGGGCAACGUUCCGUCGGCCAAGUUGUUCCUGUUUGAACUCUGGCAGCAUAACGAUGCCCUCAAGUCAGCAGAGGAUUACGCCCAAUGGCACGAUUUCAUGUUGCAGAAGAACAUGGACCUGUCACUUUACUAA